AUGCGGCUGGUCAUACGGGUGUGGCUGAUGAUGCUGGUGCUGAGCCUGCAAGGAGGAGGAGGAGGAGGAGGACGAGAGGACGAGAGAACUUCAGGAGCGGUAGCAGCGGCUGCAUCAGCAGCAGGCAGAGGAGGAGGAUCAGGCAGGGGAGGAGGCGCCGGGGAGAAGUGUAGGGGCAGCAAACUGAAGAGCUUCACUAUCGAGAGGUUGAUUGCGAUGAGUGAGGCAGAAAUGAGCUCAAGUUUGCGAAAAGUAUGUGCGUCCUUGGUUUCCUCUCCUCGCCCAGUAGAUGGAGAGAUUCUGUCGAAGGUUGGUUGCAAGUUGGGCAAUGAUGCACUCAUGAAGAAGAUAGAAGCCGCGAUCUUGAGGAACAGGAGGGGCAACCUAGGCAGUGCCGAAGAUUUCUCUCGUCUGGUGUCAGCAUUUGAAAAGAGAAUGGAGGACAGUCCCGUGGGUUUCGCUCGUUGUGGAGAGGACUCGAAGGACUUGUUCAACUUUCUGGUCAGCCAGCUGCCAAACCUUGACACGGAGUCGUUGAUGCUUCAUCGAAAAGUUUGGUCGACCGGGAAGAACACCUCUGAGGGGAUGUGGAAACAGGCUGCCGCCAACAAUCGCACACAGGGCAAUGAAGCACUUGUCCAACGGGACUUCGAUCUCGAGACGGUGAGGUCGUUCGAUGCCUUUGUGGGGCUGACAAUGGUCGAGGAAGCUGGCGGAGGUUCUCGAAAGGCUGGUGCACUUGAGAUGGAGGGAAGAAAACGUCCUUCAGAUCAUCAGCGAGUGGAGCACGGGACUGUUGCAAAGAGGAGCUGCGUUCAACUCCAGGACUUCGAGUUCUACCUGCAGAUGGCUGAGAGGACGUUGGUGAGCACGGGGCAGAUGGACUUCAGAAAUGUCUGCAAGCUUGCGUGGGGAGCCUCUUGUGUCCUCGCAUGUCACUGUGUUAGGCGCAAGUCAGUGUAUCAGCAGAAGCUCGACGUGGACAAAGACUUCUGCCAGCGAAUGCGGAAGUUCUUUCAAUGGAUUUUGACCUGCUUCAACGGUCUCGUCAGCAGGAAUCUGGUCCCUGGGAAGCUGUCGACGAUGAAGGCGGAUCGGAACCGCCCGAUGAUUACACGCCUGCACCUGUUCAGAGAAUGCUGCAGAGUCUUUCCGGGCGGGCAGUUCCGCGACGAAGACUUCUCCUUCCCGGAGUUCUGGAGGCUUGCAAGGAUUGUGUUUGAGGAGUCGCCCUACAGUAAGCAAGGUGAGCAGCCUCUUACCCCCCUGCUGCAAGCUCAACGGCCAGCAGGGGAGCGCAGCAACCAGUCGCGUUUCCACACGAGUUUCGUGGAGAUCGCCAAGAGAUCCCAGGCAAGCUCGCAAGAGCUCAAGGUGUAUGAAGAGCAGAUCCAUGGUGGCAGCGGUAGCCGGAGGGCGUUCGGUCCGUCUCUUCUCAUGCCUCAUGUAGGGCUCUCCUUGGACGUCGUGAUGGAAAGAGGAAGCGCCAUGCACGUGCUUGAGCUGAACGGGCCCUCGCACUACCUCGUCCCCUCCCAGGAGCCCUGCGGUGCUCAACAGCUCUUCUCCCAGCACGUCCUGACCUGCAGUCCAUGA